AUGCUCAAUAAAUUCGUCGAACUUGAAUUGAGUACCAAUGAAGGUAUCGUACUUGACAAACGUAUGUAUUCAAAUGAAUAUCUCAAAAAAUUGACAAUUUCACUACAAAAAUUCAAUGAUCUUUUUGUUCUAUUCGAUGGACUUGUGCCAAAUUUGAUCAUACUUAAUGUUACUAUCUGUCAAUCUGAUCCAUGUAAACAAUCACCAAUACCACCACAAUGUUGGCCACGUGAAUUAAUGUCACAUUUAGUUGAAUUUCGAUUAAGAACCAAUGAGAAUGUGAUAAUGACUUUGAACUAUUUUCGUGCUAUUGUUAUGCCUCUUAUUCAACUCCAAAACUUCAUGAUUGACUUAAGAAAAUGGUUUAGUCACGAUCAACAAUUCGUACAAGGAAAUCAAAUUGAAAUGUUAAUCAAUAAAUUUAUGCCUCAACUUCGUCAUUUUCACUGUUCUAUUCAGACAAUGGAUGAUAUCGAUAUGCAGGUAAAAAUUGUUCUAUACAUAUAUCAAUGGCAUCAACAGAAUUUUUUCAGAGUUUUACAAUGUUAA